ACAGCCUGGAUGUGUCAGUGCAUUCUUACUAUAUUCCCACCCAGAGGGGAGGAGACGCCUGAGAAACAGAACAGAGAAUCACAGAGACUGGAGAUCAGCGGAGCUGGGGGAAGGAGACGCUGCAAAGUGCCAGCAACAUGACCUGGAGCUCAGGAAUCUGCUAGGAGCCACCGAGGAGAUGUCCCAGGGACCCACAAUUGUGCCCAGCUCCUGAAGAGACAGCGGGACCCACUGUACAAAGGAAGUGGCAGCACAUCACCACCAGGCACUGCACCAACUCACCAGCUAUCUGUGCCCAGCUCCUCACAUGGAAGAAGUGCUGUGCGGGGCACAAGUCUUUGGGUAGUGGAGCCAGGAGCCUAAACUAUUGCCGCGCUUUGUUGCCCCCCAUGGCGUACACUUACAGCUCCUCGUCUGCCGCUCCGGUGGGAUCCCAGUACUGCGUCUGCAAAGUGGAACUUUCUGUCUCCUGUCAAAACCUCCUCGAUCGUGAUGUAGCCUCCAAAUCUGAUCCCUUUUGCGUCUUACUUUUGGAAGUAAAUGAAAAAUGGACUGAGAUUGACAGAACAGAGACAAAUGUCAACAAUUUGAAUCCUGUGUUUGCAAAAAAGUUUACAAUCAACUACCACUUUGAAGAAGUGCAGAAGUUGAAGUUUGCCAUUUUUGACCAAGACAAGUCAAGCACCCAACUGUAUGAGCAUGACUUCCUGGGGGAGUAUGUGUGCACACUCGGAUCGAUUGUUUCCAGCAAGAAGGUAACACGACCCUUGGUUUUAGGAAAUGGGAAGCCAGCGGGGAAGGGAGUCAUAACGGUUAUUGCUGAAGAGCUGUCUGAUAACAGAGUGAUAACACUUUCCAUGGCUGGGAGGAAGCUAGAUAAAAAGGAUUUGUUCGGGAAAUCUGAUCCAUUUUUAGAAUUUUACAAACAAGGAGAUGAUGGGAAGUGGAUGCUGGUUCAUAGGACAGAGGUUAUCAAAUAUACUCUGGAUCCUGUGUGGAAGCCCUUUACUGUGCCCUUACAGUCUUUAUGUAAUGGAGACAUUGAGAAGCCAAUAAAGAUUGUGUGCUUUGAUUAUGACAAUGAUGGGGGACAUGACUUUAUAGGAGAAUUUCAGACCACCGCAAUCAAAAUGUGUGAGACUCGCGAAGGCAUGUCUGUGGAAUUUGACUGCAUUAACCCAAAGAAACAAAAGAAGAAGAGAAGCUACAAAAACUCUGGAGUAAUUAUAAUUAAAUCUUGUAAGAUUACAAGAGACUAUUCCUUCCUUGAUUACAUACUGGGAGGAUGCCAGUUAAUGUUUACAGUUGGAAUUGACUUUACAGCAUCAAAUGGAAAUCCUCGUGAUGCCUCCUCUCUGCAUUAUAUCAACCCUAUGGGAACAAAUGAAUACCUUUCUGCAUUAUGGUCUGUCGGACAAAUAAUUCAGGAUUAUGAUUCUGACAAACUAUUCCCUGCCCUGGGGUUUGGUGCACAGCUACCUCCAGACUGGAAGGUAUCUCAUGAAUUUGCCAUCAAUUUCAACCCUACCAGCCCUUUCUGCUCAGGAGUGGAAGGCAUUAUAGAGGCCUACUCUGCAUGUCUCCCUCAUAUAAGGUUCUAUGGACCCACCAACUUUUCUCCGAUUAUUAAUCAUGUUGCACGGUUUGCAGCUCAGGCAACUCAGCAGCAGUCAGCAGGGCAAUAUUUUAUCCUCCUUAUUAUAACGGAUGGAGUCAUUAGUGACAUGGAUGAAACAAGACAUGCCAUUGUACAAGCAUCAAAGCUGCCCAUGUCCAUUAUCAUUAUUGGAGUAGGAAAUGCAGACUUUUCUGCCAUGGAAUUCCUUGAUGGAGAUAACAGAAUGCUCAGAUCCUAUACAGGAGAAGAGGCUUCGAGGGACAUUGUGCAGUUCGUACCAUUCAGGGAGUUUCGUAAUGCACCAAAAGAAACUCUGGCCAAAGCUGUUCUUGCUGAACUUCCACAACAAGUGGUAGAUUACUUCAAGAGCCACAAUCUCCCACCUAUAAAGUCUGAGGGUGUAUAACUGUACACAUGACCCCCACAUGCCAUGAAACCUGUGGGCCACCCUUGUAUAAAACCAGCAAUCCUGAGACGUAUGACCAUUUAAAUGGCGACACUUAGACACGGACAUCUAUUUCUGUAUUAAAGACAUUGUUCAUUUUUCUAAGGACAAAGACUAUGCUUUGCUCUGGUUCUCGAUUGCUGCUAUCGUGUUCUGGUUAUCAUGGAGACGUCCAUUGAAUUAUUAUAUGGCAUUUCUAGUUGUUGGCGGGCCUCUUUGUCAGACAAGACUUCAAAUUUUGCAAUCGUUUCCAGAUGGAGGCAGAUGACAUGACAUAGAUAUGUGAAGGGUCAUAGAUUACAGUUUGUUACUAAGACAGUAUUCUGUAAGUCAUGGCUCUUCCAAGUGUUGUGAAACUACAACUUUCAGCAAGCCCUCACUGCCUCAGCAGGUGCAGAGCAAUAGGUUACGGACUUAUGAUAUUCUCCAGCAUCCCCAGCCAGUAGUUCAGCAUUUAGAAAGAGUAAUAGAUCUGAGAUCUUAUUUUUUCCACAAAGAGUAGAAUGGAAUAUUUAUUAGAUGAGAAUAUGACUUACCGUAUAUACUCGAGUAUAAGCCGAGUUUUUCAGCUGAAAAUGCCCCCCUCUGCUUAUACUCGAGUGAACUCUCCGCCUGUCAAUCCCUUCUCAGUGGUCUUCAACCUGCAGACCUCCAGAUUUGGCUGUCCGGGCAUGCUGGGAAUUGUAGUUUUUAAACAUCUGAAGGUCCGCAGGUUGAAGACCACUGCGG